CGCCGCCGCCCGCCGGCCCCCCGCGCGCCCUGCCUGGCCAUGGCCGCCGCCUCCUCCCCGCCCAGGCCCGACAAGGAGCGCUGGGGCUGCGGCCGCCUGCCCGGCUCCCGGCGGGGCAGCGCGGGCCUGGCCAAGAAGUGUCCCUUCUCGCUGGAGCUGGCGGAGGGCGGCCCGGCGGGCGGCGCGCUCUACGCCCCCAUCGCGCCCCCCGGCGCCCCCGGGCCCGCGCCCCUGGCGCCCCCCGCCGCGCCCCCGCCCGCCGACCUUGCGGCGCGCCCGCCGGUGAGCCUCGACCCGCGCGUCUCCAUCUACAGCGCGCGCCGCCCGCUGCUCGCGCGCACCCACAUCCAGGGCCGCGUCUACAACUUCCUCGAGCGCCCCACCGGCUGGAAGUGCUUCGUCUACCAUUUCGCCGUCUUCCUCAUCGUCCUGGUCUGCCUCAUCUUCAGCGUGCUGUCCACCAUCGAGCAGUACGUCACCCUGGCCACAGGGACCCUCUUCUGGAUGGAGAUUGUCCUGGUGGUGUUCUUUGGGACGGAGUACGUGGUCCGCCUUUGGUCAGCAGGCUGCCGCAGCAAGUACGUCGGCAUCUGGGGAAGGCUGCGCUUUGCCCGGAAGCCCAUCUCCAUCAUCGACCUCAUCGUGGUCCUGGCCUCCAUGGUGGUCCUCUGCGUGGGCUCCAAAGGGCAGGUGUUUGCUACCUCGGCCAUCAGGGGCAUCCGCUUCCUCCAGAUCCUGCGGAUGCUGCACGUGGACCGUCAGGGUGGCACCUGGAGGCUGCUGGGCUCUGUGGUCUUCAUCCACCGCCAGGAGCUCAUCACCACCUUGUACAUCGGCUUCCUGGGCCUCAUCUUCUCCUCGUACUUCGUGUAUCUGGCCGAGAAGGACGCCGUGAACGAUUCUGGCCAAGUGGAGUUUGGCAGCUACGCGGACGCCCUGUGGUGGGGGGUGGUCACGGUCACCACCAUCGGCUACGGGGACAAGGUGCCGCAGACGUGGGUCGGGAAGACCAUCGCCUCCUGCUUCUCCGUGUUUGCCAUCUCCUUCUUCGCGCUCCCGGCGGGGAUUCUCGGCUCCGGCUUCGCCCUGAAGGUCCAGCAGAAGCAGAGACAGAAGCACUUCAACAGGCAGAUCCCAGCGGCCGCCUCCCUCAUUCAGACAGCGUGGAGGUGCUACGCGGCCGAGAACCCCGAGUCCUGCACCUGGAAGGUCUACGUCCGCAAGCCGGCUCGCAGCCAUGCCCUGCUGUCCCCCAGCCCCAAGCCCAAGAAGUCUGUCAUGGUAAAGAGAAAGAAGUUCAAACUGGACAAGGACAAUGGGCUGAAUCCCGGAGAGAAGGUGCUCACGGUCCCCCACAUCACGUGUGAGCCCGUCUCAGAGGACCGGAAGCCAGACCACUUCUCUGUGGACAGCUGUGACAGCUCUGCCAGGAAGAGCCCCAUGCUGCUGGAGGUGAGCCCGGCCCACUUCAUGAGGACCAACAGCUUCGCCGAGGACCUGGACCUGGAGGGGGAGACGCUGCUGGCGCCCAUCACCCACGUGUCACAGCUGCGAGAACACCACCGGGCCACCAUCAAGGUCAUUCGGCGUAUGCAGUACUUUGUAGCCAAGAAGAAAUUCCAGCAAGCCCGGAAACCCUAUGAUGUGCGGGACGUCAUUGAGCAGUACUCCCAGGGCCACCUCAACCUCAUGGUGCGCAUCAAAGAGCUGCAGAGAAGGCUGGACCAGUCCAUCGGGAAGCCCUCCCUCUUCAUCUCUGUCUCAGGCGGCCCCUCCCCCGCCAGCACUGUGUCCCUGACUCGGGCGCUCUACCCCGCAGAGAAGACCAAGGACCGCGGCAGCAACACCGUCGGGGCCCGCCUGAACCGGGUGGAAGACAAGGAUUAUGUCCUCGACCUUGGUCGGUGGCGUUGCAUCGGCCGCCCUGUCUCCAGUGUCCUGUCCUCUUGCUCUCUCCCAUUGGGGGUCUGCUCCUGCCCUUGCCUGGUGACCCAGCUGGACCAGAGGCUGGUGCUCAUCACGGACAUGCUCCGCCAGCUCCUCUCCCUGCACCAGGGCGGCCGGCCGGGCGAGCGGACCCCCGGCGGGGGUGGGGCCCAGGCGCCGCCCCCCUGCGGCUCCCUCAGCCCCGAGCUCUUCCUGCCCAGCGGCGCCCUCCCCACCUACGAGCAGCUGACUGUGCCCCGCGGGGGCCCCGAUGAGGGGUCCUGACGGGGGCUUGGGACCCCAGGCCUGCAAGGGCAGGGCCGGAGGAGUCCAGUUCGGCCCAGCCCACCUCCCACCUGGGAGGGGCGCCCCCCCAGGUCACCAGCCCCUCCCUCCCGGGCCUCAGACCCCCCAUGGGCCACGCCGCCCUGAGAGGCUGUGCCUGGGGAGUCACAAGGCCUCCCCUUCCAGCCAGCGGGUACUAGACCUCGGCUGGGUUUGGGGGCCUCCUCUCGGCUUCGAGACCAUGACCCCCACAGGAUCCGUAUGGCAGUUGGGACACAGUGGCAGGGCUCAGUCUCGACCCCGGGGGGCCGGGCAUCCUAGGUGCUUGGUCCCCGCAUGUACGGCUGACCAAGCACAGGUGUGAGCAGGCCCCAGGGGGCCUCCUGGGAGGAGACGGAGGGCAGUCAGGACAGGGUCUGUGGACACCCACCCUCAGCCUCGAACCCAGGACCCAGGGAGGAGGCAGGCAGGGCAGGGCAGGCCCAGCCCGUGCCACACCAAGGGUGCCGGCGAUCCAGGCCCGGGCCGUGCUUUCCACCUGCAGAGACUGGCUCAGAAGCCAGGAUUAUGAGGGACCCUGAGGCCACCACCUCCAGCAGGAGGGCCGGCCCGCCAUGGUGCCUGUAGUGCUCCGUGGGGGUGGACUGUCCCCCACUGACCCCUGCCCUGCGCACAGCCCCCACUGCAGCUCCCCACCGGGUCCGGGCAGCUAGAAGGCUACCAGAACUGUCCCGUCCCCCCGGCCGGCUGCUGAGCGUGGGACAGGCGUAGGGGGCGUCACAGUCCCUGCACGAGACGGGGCUCCUCCUGGGCAUCUCAGUUCACAGAAAUCAGAAUAAUUUGUGGUGAUUUGGAAUCUGUGUUUUAAUGAGUUUCACGGUGUGAUUUUGACCCUUAAUUGUGGCGCUUUUCCUAAUAAACGUGGAGUCACGGAGCUGG